AAUCUAUAGUGAUUACUUGGUCUGUGGUUUCGUUUAUUUCUAAUUGUAUUUAAUUGCUCACUUUCAACACUAUUGUAAUAAAAAUACCUAUUUUUAAUAUAUCGAAGAACAGGAAAAUAACGACAAAUCAACGUAGUGUUGCUGGUGCUUAAUUUCUAAAGAUUGUCUGCUCUAGCUGUAACUAUGUUUGACAACUAUGGCAACACUCAAAGCUCGCCACCCCCUCCAUCACCAAAAGUGUUGAGGUUCGACAAGAACUAUGUGAAAACUCUGCCUGGACUACUUAAGAUUGUUCAACUGAUAUGCAACACGAUCGGUUUCAUCUGCAUAAAAGUGUCCUGGGCGUGGUUCUCUGCUAUAUUCUUCAAUAUUCUGUACUGGAUUGCCAACGUCGUGACCAUAUUCAUACUAGUCAUGUACAUGUUCCACUUUGUUGAAAAGUACGACCGCUGGCCGUGGCUAAAGCUGGAGUUCUUCUACUGCAGCAUAGUGGCACUGGCAUAUAUAUGUUUCUCAAUAUUCGCCACAGCUAUCGGCGAAAGCGUUGGAUACGCAGUUGGGUUUUUCGGACUGUGUGCCAUUAUCGCGUAUGGACUCGACGGUUACUUAAAAUACAAGGGUUGGAGAAGAGGUCUGCCGGCUCAAUGAGUGCCUUACUCUAUGUCAGUGAUUCUCAACCACUGUGCCGCGGCACUUGUGUGCCGCCAAAUUUUGCAAGUAUUUAAAAUUUUUGUCAUAAACUAUUUACGCAGUGUGUUGUAAUAAGUAAAUCAUUUUUAUCUUUUUUUUUUGUGUGCCGCCAAAUUUUGAAAUCGUUAAAUAUGUGCCGCAACAAAAAAAAAAGGUUGACAAUCACUGCUCUAUGUGUACUAAUUCAAAGCGUAAGUUUCUCGACUGAUUAGUUUUGUUGAUUGUCGCAUAAUAUUGCAAUGUGUUGAUGAUAAAUAUUAUAGUUAAGUUUAUCAAGGACGAUAGGAAAUAUGGAUCCGCGUGGCUAUUGAUCUGAAUUCAUAACGUUUAUACGAAAUAAUAAAAUAUUAUAUUUGUCUUCAAUAGCAGGGCUAAUAGUUUUGUUAAAUAAAAAAUAAAAAAGUUAAAGGUGACUUUAUACCACCAUCUGUGCCAUUCAUUUGUAGAGAAAGAGUCAGAAAUAUAUUUCAUGUAAUUUCAGUCUUUUUGAUAUAGUUGGUUGCAAAGGGCAACACAAUAUGGAUUUUUUUUUAUACAACUUAGGAUGGCAAACAAGCUGACGGCCCACCUGAUGGAAAGUACAUGACAAGACAUGAGCAGUACCAUGGACAUAACAGAGUGUACUGUUUCCCCCAUGCGUUGCCAUUCCUGAGGACUCAGGUGUUAUUCCUCUAUACCCUGUAAAUUUACGCCAUAUCCCACCUUUCAAACCGAAACACAGCCAUGCAAACACAACUGCUUCACGGUUGAAACACGAAUGGGACAGAGGUACCCAAGCAAUCGACUUUUGUACAAAGUCUUCCUCUGGUAAAAUCUGGAUUAAUUUCAGUUGUCAAUUUACGGUUAUAAAAUUGAUUUACACUAAAGGAAUGGACAAUAUAGACUGAUUGGAAGAGAAUGCUAUAAAGCAUUAAAUCCGCCUUCUGUACCAAACAUUUUUUUGUAAUUUUAUCACUAAGCAUCAUAUCGGCCUUUAACUAUCCACUGCUGAACAUAAGCCUCCCCCUUGGGAGGUUUUGCCAGUAGUUGCCGCGCUUGGCAAGCGGACUGACAACCGCAAUCAGGAUUUAGAGAUGUUUUAAAAGGGACGCUGCUACCCAUCUCUCGCCCUCCCUUAGUCGCCUUACGACACCCACGGGAAAGGGAGAGGUUGCUUAUUCUAUGCUGGGACCACACGAUCAGGCUACACGCCAAUAUGUCUCUCUCUUCGUCCUCUUUACUGAAGGUCGUGUCCUUGAAAGGUGUCUGUUGCCUCUCUUAUGAUGUUAUUCCUAUUUGCACAGUCUUCAGCUUCUCGCAAGGCAGCUGCAAUCGACAGUCCUGUAACGGCGGUUACUUGGUCCGACCAUUGAUUAGGCGAUCGUCCGCGUGGUCUUUUUCCCUCUAUCUUGCCCACAACCAUUAGUUUGUCCAGAUUGUCGGACUGUAGUCGAGCAACAUGGCCGAAGUAUCCAAGAUCCCUCCGACAGCAGACUGUCGGGAGCCUAUCUUUUAUCCGGAGUUGCGUCAGGAUAGAUA